AUGCUUCUGAAUAAAUCAUCUAAAAAAUCACAUCAUCCUCAUCAUCAUCACCUUCAGCAUCAUCGUUUUUCUCAAGCGUCGCAACUUCGAUCCCCAGACCAGACACCACGACGAACCGCCGUUGAUACAGGCUCGGGUUUCACUGUGCAACCUCAGGACCAUCUGACGGUUGAAAUACCUGACUCAUCGGCUCGAAACCCAAUCUCUACUCCCCACAAGAGGUCUGCGGUGGUCGCUCAAUCGUCUCGUCCUUUUGGUUACGCCGGCGGCGUUGACCAUUUCCGGCGAGGAAGUUCCCGCGCGAGCUUGGGCUCGUUUUCUUCUUAUUGCCCCUCGCGCCUUUUGAGGUUUUUGUCUUCAUCUCGGUUAUCGAUCCUGAUUCCUUCCGCGAGUAAUCAUUUUGUACGGAAGCUACUCCGCUAUAUCCUUCGCGCCCGUCUGAUAUGUUUCCACCUUCGUUUCCUGCUUCUUCUCUCCGUUCCUCCUCUGUACAUAUUCUUCCUGUUAAUCAACGUUCGUCUCUUUCUUCGCUUCCUUGUCGUCCUCUUCGCCGUGUCCUUUAUCCUUGUUUUGGCCCUCAAUCUUGCCCUUCCACAUUUACCGUCAAUCCGCUUGUUUCUUGCUCAUUUACCGCCCCUCAAGCUUAGACCUACCAGCUCGUAUUCUUCCUCGAAGUCCAACACGAAACAGGUUGUUUGGUCGAUUGGGUCGAAACCUGUGACAGAGAAGAAGACGAACUCGGGCUCCUGGGUUAAAAAGUACAACAAUGGUGAUGUGUACGAGGGAGAGUUUCACAGAGGGAAGUGUUCAGGAAGUGGGGUUUAUUACUAUUCCAUGAAAGGUAAAUAUGAAGGGGAUUGGAUUGAUGGCAAGUACGAUGGCCAUGGAGUAGAAACUUGGGCUAAAGGAAGCAGGUAUCGUGGUCAGUAUAGGCAGGGAAUGAGACAUGGGAUUGGAAUAUACAGAUUUUAUACUGGGGAUGUGUAUGCUGGUGAGUGGUCUAAUGGGCAGUGCCAUGGUUGUGGUGUAUAUACCUCUGAGGAUGGAAGUAGAUACGCUGGAGAGUUCAAAUGGGGUGUAAAGCAUGGCCUUGGACAUUACCAUUUCAGAAAUGGUGACACAUAUGCUGGAGAGUAUUUUUCAGACAAGAUGCAUGGUUUUGGAGUUUAUCAAUUCGGAAACGGGCAUCGGUAUGAAGGAGCCUGGCAUGAGGGAAGAAGGCAAGGACUUGGUAUGUAUACGUUCAGGAAUGGUGAGACACAGGCUGGCCAUUGGGAAAACGGCGUCCUCAGCUGUCCUUGCGAGCAAACCACCCGUCCCGGGUCAUCUUUCUACAUAAGCCAUACCAAGGUUCUCGACACUGUUCAGAAAGCGAGGAAGGCGGCCGAGAGAGCGAAAGAAGUCGGGCAAGUGGACGAGAGGGUGAAAAGGGCAGUCAUGGCCGCUAACAGAGCAGCUACCGCCGCGAGGGUGGCGUCCGUAAAAGCGGUCCAAUCGCAGGUAUUUCACGACAGUUCCAGCCCGUCUCGUGAUUUACUCGCCUAGCACGCAGCCAAGACAGGUUUCAAUUUUCUCUUGCCCAUCCUCCUUGUUUUUGGCAUUAAUGAGCGUUUAGAUUAAAAAAACAAAGUUCAUAUAAACAAAAUGUAUGUAGGCCAUCUCGUAUAAUGUACCAAAAACCAGAAACCGAUCAUGUAAUGUCGUGAAUCAAAUCAAAUCUGAUUUGGUUUC